UUCGAUUGUCCCGGUCCGUAGUCUUCAGAGCUCGAUACAAGUAAUCUCGUUGUGUAGAAUGAGAAUGAUUUGGGUCUGCAUGCUUUUUAUGGAAUAGUUUUCUCGAGUGAUUUGUGAUAAAAUAAAUUAUUGUCGAUUGCGGUUAUUCAUCUGUGUGAAGUGUUACCUACCAUAACUAUUUUAAAUUAUUUGAGCAAAAACCAUUCGAGAAUCUUUGACUAUCAUCUAAGCAGUGGCAAGUGUCCCUCGAUUUGAUUUGACCGGCAAAAGUGCUGCUGAGGAGGCAUGGAUGAUGGGAAGAAGAAGAAGGAAGACAAACCAGCGCACCCGCGGGAAACUGCCAACGUCUUCUCUGCUCUGACCUUCGCAUGGACGCUGGGUCUGUUCCGAGAAGGUAACAGAAGAGACCUGGAAGUUGAAGAUCUCUACGUUCCCCUCAAGGAACACACUUCCAACGUACUGGGAGACAGAAUAGAGAAGAAAUGGAGGGAAGAGUGCAAGAGAGCCGCUAUAAAGAAGAGAGAGCCCAGUUUGUUGAGAGUUCUGCUCAGAAUAUUCGGACCCAAACUGAUGGCUUAUGGACUUGUCUUGGCUAUAGUCGAGAAUGUCUUCAGGGUAUCCCAGCCAUUAUUCCUUGGCAAGCUAAUAGAGUACUUCACCCGUGACGGAGGUGGCACUGUGAGCAAGGAUGAAGCGUACUUCUACGCUGGAGGAGUGGUCAUGUGUUCAGCACUCAGCGUGUUCAUCAUGCAUCCGUACAUGCUCGGCAUCAUGCACAUAGGCAUGAAGAUAAGAGUGGCCUGUUGCUCGCUCAUAUACAGGAAGGCCCUGAGACUCAGCAAGACAGCCCUAGGACAGACCACAGUAGGUCAAGUGGUCAACCUGUUGUCCAACGACGUCUCCAGGUUUGACAUAUGCACCAUCUUCGUACACUUCCUGUGGGUCGGUCCGCUAGAGACAAUCGUCGUGCUGUACUUCCUAUGGAACUUUGUAGGACCUGCGUCAGUCUUCGGUGUAUGUGUGCUGCUUGCUCUAAUACCUCUGCAAGCUUGGCUCGGCAAGAUGACGUCAGGGCUGAGGAUGAGAACUGCUCUGCGGACUGACGAGAGAGUGAGACUGAUGAACGAGAUCAUCUCAGGAAUACAAGUCAUCAAGAUGUACACGUGGGAGAAACCCUUCGCCUACCUUGUCUCACAGGCUAGAAAGCGAGAAAUCAAAGAGAUUAGAGGAGCCUCCUACAUCAGAGGACUUCUGCUGUCUUUCAUCAUCUUCCACUCCAGAGUCGCCAUCUUUGUCAGUAUUUUCGUUUACAUUCUAAUGGGCAACGCCAUCAACGCUGAAAAGGUUUUUGUCGUCACUUCAUACUUCAAUGUAUUGAGACAGACCAUGACUGUGUUCUUCCCUCAAGGUAUCGGACAAGUAGCAGAAGUACUCAUCUCUAUCAAACGACUCCAGACAUUCCUCAACUACGACGAGACCACUCUACAGCAAGCUCCAGAGAUUAUGAAGGCCAACGGGACAAAGUCAGAGAAGGACGAGGAAGUGGAGCCAAUAUUCCGAGCGCCCAGAGAGGACGCAAGGACAAAGGUGGCGGCAGACGAGGGCAUCACUGUGACCAACGCGACGGCACGAUGGACUCCUGAGGUUGCAGACGACAGUUUGAGCCACAUCAAUCUGCGAGUUGUUCCUGGGAAGCUCACGGCCAUCAUCGGGCCUGUGGGCAGCGGCAAGACGUCACUGCUGCAUGCGUUGUUGGGAGAACUGCCUCUCAAGACAGGGAGUGUGUCUAUACCAGAGAACGUGUCCUACGCCAGUCAAGAACCGUGGCUGUUUGCUGGUAGCGUCCGUCAGAAUAUAUUGUUUGGCUCACCCUACGACAGAGAAAGGUAUCGCCAGGUGGUGCGAGUGUGUGCUCUGAAGGCUGAUUUUGAACAGUUCCCGUACGGAGACAAGACCAUUGUAGGAGAGAGAGGGGUGUCACUGAGCGGAGGACAACGAGCUCGCAUCAACUUGGCCAGGGCAGUGUACAAGGAUGCAGAUGUGUAUCUACUAGAUGACCCUCUGUCAGCUGUGGACACUCAUGUAGGGAAACAUCUGUUUGAAGAUUGUGUCACAGGCUACUUGAGGAAGAAGACAGUAAUUUUGAUUACGCAUCAAAUCCAGUACCUGGGCUUGGUCGAUCACGUAGUUGUGAUGAAUAAUGGCAGCAUAGACAGUGAGGGAACCUACCAGGAGCUGCAAGGAAGGAAUUUGGAGUUCUUGAGAUUAAGCAAUUCAGAAGAAGAGGCUAAUGAAGAGGGCAAUCAAAACAGAAACCUGUACAAACGACAUGCUUCCAUCCAGUCAGUAAGGAGUGUAGCCUCUUCCAUGGAGGAUGGCAAGAUACAGGAUGAGCCCCCUGAGAUAGCAGAGAUGAGGUCCAAGGGUACAGUCAGUGGCAGAGUAUACAAGACCUACAUGAAGUCAGGAGGCAACUGUUGUAUGCUCAUGUUCUUUCUGGCAACUGCUGUAUUGACUCAACUGUUAGCCAGUGGUGGGGACUACUGGAUCACAUAUUGGGUUAACUUGGAAGAGUACGGAUACGUUAAGUCUGAGAGUGCCUCAUCCAUUGCCCAGCCACUACAGCAGUCUCUAGCCCAACCCCUUCUACAGGUUGCCAACGCCAGCUUUAUGACUACAACAAUGCUGCCAAGCACUGCUACCAACACUACAGAGACCACACUCUUGAGUCUGCCGCUCACUAGAGAUAUGUGUGUAUAUGUGUUCUCCGCCAUUACUGCAGCUACUGUGAUCGUCACGUUGUUCCGUUCUUAUCUCUUCUUCUACCUGUGUAUGCGAGCGUCCCGUCGUCUGCAUGACACCAUGUUCAACUCCAUCACUCGCGCCACCAUGCACUUCUUCAACACUAACUCCUCUGGUCGUAUUCUCAACAGAUUCUCCAAAGACAUGGGGUCAAUUGACGAACAGCUGCCAGCCGCUCUUAUAGACUGCUUACAGAUUGGACUGAGCCUGAUAGGUAUCAUCGUGGUGGUAGGCCUGGUCAACUAUUGGCUCAUGGUUCCCACCGUGUUCAUCGGAAUACUCUUCUACUUCCUGCGCAACUUCUAUCUCUCCACCUCACGCAGCGUUAAACGCUUGGAAGGAGUCACUCGCAGUCCUGUGUUUUCCCAUCUGAACGCUUCUCUGCAAGGUCUUACCACCAUCAGAGCAUUCCACGCACAACAGAUCCUGGAGAAGGAGUUUGACAACCACCAGGAUCUCCAUUCUUCAGCAUGGUAUAUCUUCAUUGCGUCAAGUAGAGCGUUCGGGUUUUGGCUGGAUGGAGUUUGUCUCAUCUACAUUGCAUUGGUGACAUUUAGUUUCCUCUUCAUGGGAUCAGAGACGUUUGGAGGCAAUGUUGGUUUGGCCAUCACACAGUCCAUCGGCCUCACAGGGAUGUUCCAGUGGGGCAUGAGACAAUCCGCAGAGCUCGAGAACCAGAUGACAUCCGUAGAGAGAGUCAUGGAGUACACUGACAUUGAGAAAGAACCACCACUAGAAUCUCCUCCUGACAAGCAGCCACCUGCCACUUGGCCAGACGAAGGUCGAGUCACUUUCAAUAGAGUGUUCUUGUCAUACGGACCCAAUGAGCCUCCAGUGCUCAAGAACCUCAACUUCACCAUCGCUCCCAAAGAAAAGGUAGGUAUUGUAGGCAGGACUGGUGCUGGUAAGUCUUCACUGAUUGCGGCUCUGUUCCGUCUGGCCGAGGUGCAGGGAGAGAUAGACAUCGACUACAUCGUCACCUCCUCCAUCGGCCUUCAUGAGCUACGCAGCAAGAUCUCCAUCAUCCCACAGGAACCUGUGUUGUUCAGCGGAACUGUGCGCAAGAAUCUCGACCCCUUCGACCAGUACACGGACUCGGUGCUGUGGAACGCACUCGAGGAGGUUGAACUGAAGGAAGUCAUCAAGGACUUGGCAGGAGGGCUGAAUGGCAAGAUGUCGGAGGGAGGCAGCAACCUGAGUGUGGGACAGCGGCAACUUGUAUGUCUGGCCAGGGCGAUCGUCCGCAACAAUCGCAUACUUGUCAUGGACGAAGCUACGGCCAACGUCGACCCUCAGACCGAUGGCCUGAUCCAGAGCACUAUCCGUCGCAAGUUUGCCGAGUGUACAGUGCUGACCAUCGCACAUAGACUCAAUACUGUCAUGGACUCGGACAAGGUGUUGGUCAUGUCAGCAGGAACAGCUGUGGAGUUCAACCAUCCUCACAUUCUGCUGCAGAACCAGGAGGGAGUUCUGUAUGGAAUGGUGGAACAGACUGGCAAAGUCACACGAGACCUUCUACACAACAUUGCCGCUGCCAGCUACAGGAGAAAACAUAAAGAAGAAGUCACAUCGAGUACAGAAAGUAAAAAGACGUCAUAGAAGUAAUACGAGCCAUGGUUGUACAGUCUCCAUGGUAAUUUGCUGGUGCUAAACACUCGACAUCAACAAUCGAGUGUCAACUUAUCUGUCUAGUAUCGCCGUAGUUCCUAUGUGAUCUUCUCUGCUGAUUGUCAGCUGUUUCACACAAACCCUCGUAUUCCGACUGUGUAAACAGUGUUGUGUUUUUAAAGACUCUCGUUCCAUCAAGUCAUAUAAACUGUAAACUACUCAUUUAAUACGUAUUUAUUUACAUAAGCGGUAUCUUUGAGUUUCCAUUAUUAUUAGUUCUUAAUUGUGAUCAACUGAUAUAAUCAGUUAUACAGAUGCUUGGAGAUUUCUGUCUGUGAUAUGUAAUCUUUGUUUGGUUAUAAAAAAAUGAAUCACAUUGUUUUAAACAACAAUCAUCUCCGAAAGAAUUCUAUAACAGUGGUUUAGUUUGAAUUCUUCUUUGUCAUGAAAGAAAUACGCUUUAAUAUUUGCAAUUAAACCUAAGACAAAAAUUUUGACAUCACUUCUAAUAUAUGUACCGGUGGUGCUUUAGAUGCACUUAAUUAUUGAAUAAGUGGUGCUUUAGAUGUGUUCUCUGGAUAAAUAUGUACAAACGAUGUAAGCAUUCUUAAAACUUAUAAUGUACAGUUUGUUAGUUUGUUCAGAGCUUUCAUGUUACAUUAACUCCGUAUGGAGAAAAUCGUUGAAUAUAUUUUUUUCAAUGAACACUUUAAAUAUUCAUUUUAAAAACCACCUUAAUAAACAAGAUAAAGAUGAACAACUAUUUUUCUCCUUAAAUUUUCUUGAGUCAGAGGGCUCCACUAAACUUACGUACCGUAAUAAAAGUGUUGAAUCAGACAUUAACAGGGUUUUAAAUCUUAGAUUUCAUUCACUAUUGUUUUACAUUAUGUGUUUUACAAAAUAUCAUCUAGUGUGUUAUGUUAUAAAUUAUAUGCAUCGUGGUUUACUUUUUACUAUGCUAUAUUUUAGUGCCUUUCCAAGUGCCUAAAUUUGCAUACAUAAUUAAUUGUAUUAUUUUAUUCGUACUUUAGUUUGUUUUUAAUUUGUUACAUUACAUGCUUCAAUUCAAUCACAGGUAAUUUAGAAGAUAAGUAUUUAGUUCAAUGUGUUCUAUAAUAUUUUUAUAAUUUGUAAACAAUCAAAAAUGUUGAUAGUGUUUAAA